AUGUUUGUUCUUGUUGUUUCAGAUAAUCCUGUCAUGAUGAACAAUGCUAGUAGACUCAUAUUACUGGCCUGUUUCAUGCAUAAAUUAAGAAUGGUGGCAAUUGAUGGUUCGGAGGCAACUGUGAAAGAACAGGCAAAGAUACGUUCCUUGACUGAUCGAUUUGGUUCUGAUACUGGCCAGUGGCCGAUAACCAAACGAGUCCUCAGUCCCACCCACACACCAUCACCGGCCCCUUUGACCCCGCCUCCUGUAGCCACGCCUACCUCUCCGCCUACUGUACACGUCUCAUGGAGUGUAGAAUCCUUCAAGAGAUCCCCCAGUGUUAUAUCCGACACCUCUCCUUCUCACUCUCUCUCGACUAACACUUCAGAGUCAGUUGAUCAUCCAUUAUUCUUUGACCAUUAUCCAUUGGGAAGGCCUCCCUCUCUCCCUCCGUCACGAGAUGAUCCUGAUGGACAGUCAGACAGUCCUUGUCUUGACUCCUCCCCUCUCUCCUUAGCCACACCUCCUUGUACCCCUGCAGGGGGACAGGAAGUGGGUGUGAUUUCAAGUAUAACUCCUCAAAUGAUAUUAAAUGCUUUGGAGUCUUUGUCCUCAUCUCAGACCAGAAGUGUUUCUCCUGAUAGUCUGUCACAAGCACUUCAGGGUUUCAUUAAUGAGUACUUACUGGCCACGCCUCCUUCCACCCCUCUUAACGAGGGAGAGGAGGAUCAUCCCUUGUCCUCUGCUGAUCUCAUAUCGGCUCUCACUGCUACUCUCAGUGCUCACAUUGAUGGGGAGGGGAGCGAGGGAGGGAGUGCUGCUCCUUCUGCUCCUGUGGGUUCUCCUCAAGAAGGAUUAUCUGAGUUGGUUCGGUUAGGACUCCAACCUGAGGAUAUACUUAAAGCAUUGAAUAGUCUCACAGUAGCUGGGCAGCUGGUAGAGGCUAAGGCUCCAGGUGAAGACGAUGAGUCUCUCUUAGAAACACUAACUCUUGAUGAAUCAGUUACUACAGGUGGUGACACUCAAUAAUUAGUGUGUGUCUUAAUUAUAUGAUUCGUGUGUCUAUAUAAAUUAUAUUAUAGUGUACGUUAAUUAUAAAGAUUUUGUUUAAUAUUUUUUAUUUUA